UGUAUAGCUAAGUAGGGGCAGUUCGGAUUUAGAAUAAGUGUGAAAGGUACGAGACACGAGAGGAGAACAAUAAAUGAGAAAGAGAGAGCGAGGUGUGAUGAGGCUUAUGAUAACCCUCAUCAUCGUCACGUCGUUUUUCAUUCGCUACUCCCAAAAACCUCCCAGAAUUCCACGCUUCCUCUCCUUUCUCUCUCUCUCUCUCUAGACAUUUUUUUGCUUUUCUUUCGUUCUUCUCCACACACACACACACUCUCUCAUCCUUUAGAAUUUAGCCUUAGGUAUAGAGCUAGUCAACCUCUCUUUGUUCCCAUGUUUUAAAACCCAACGAAACGAACACUGUAUACUCUUUUUUCCGAUCUUUCAAUUCCCUCUUUUCUAGAUUACAGUACAGCUUCUCAACCCCACCACCACCACCAACACAUACAGAUUUUCAACGAAAGAAAAUGUGGAUGAUGGGUUACAACGACGCUGGAGAGCUCAACUUACACGACUCGUUCAACGCCACGGCUCGGAAGCUUCGUCCACUCAUUCCAAGGCCACUUCAGCCUUCGCCCAACUCUUCUCAUCAAACAACGACCACAAACCCUAAUAAUCCACCAUGUUUGAGCCGUAACUCUACUCAUCCUGAUUUCUUCGCUCAAUAUCAUCAUCUGGCUUCGACGACUCAACACAACAUGAGCGAUUACCACCAUCAGAACAUGAUGAUGAGCAAGAGAUCAGAGUUAGGCAUUGGCCAGCAAGUUGUGGUGAGUUCGCGGUGGAACCCGACUCCGGAGCAGCUUCGGGCUCUGGAAGAUCUUUACCGGCGCGGAACGAGGACACCGUCGGCCGAGCAAAUUCAACACAUAACGUCUCAGCUCCGACGGUAUGGGAAGAUCGAAGGGAAGAACGUGUUCUAUUGGUUUCAAAAUCACAAGGCCAGAGAAAGACAGAAGCGUCGUCGUCAGAUUAUGGAGUCUUCCCCUGAAGACUUAGAAAUGUCAGACACAAUUCAAAAGAAUAAUAACAAAGAAAUGACAUUAUUAGAAGCAAGUAAUAAGACAGCAGGGUAUGAAGUUGAACAGACCAAGAACUGGGCACCCACUAGUACUACUCUUGCAGAGCAGGAAUCUCAUGUUUCGAUACAAAGGUCAGCAAAAUCAGCAGCGAGUGCAGAAUCGUGUGGGACAGGUGGAUGGACUCAAUUCGGCGAAGGAGAAUUGCACCAUAGAAGAAACUUUAUGGAAAGGAAUGCCACGUGGCAGACUAUGCAGUUGUCUUGUCUUCCACCUCCUCCUCUUCCCACCUGCCACGUCAUCGUCAACAACAACCCUAGUCAUGUUACUACUACUACUGCUACUACUAAUACUGUGACUGGCAACAGUGGUAGCUGUAGAACAACAGCCUCGUUGCUUGGCAGGAGAACAUCGACAAUAAUGGGACAGAGGCUCAUUAAGAACGGUACUAUCGAGAGCAAUGUGUUCAAAACGACAUCGUACGGAGACGAAAACGAUCGCUUAAUAAACAGCUUCAGAUUGAUAAACAACCAAGAUAUGGAGUCUCAAACCCUAGAGCUGUUCCCACUCAGGAGCGGCGAUUAUUAUAGCACCACGGAGAAGGAGAACAAUAAUGAGUUGUCUGCUGCUGUCUCGGCGAUGAGUUACGCGUCGGCCAAUGAUGUCGCGACAGGUGUCACUCCCCCUUGCCAGUUCAUCGAGUUCCUUCCACUGAAGCAGUAGUAGCUGACACGUAUGACUUGUGUAUCAUAAGAAAACUUAUGUGUGUAAUCUCUCGUUGGGAAAGAAAUGAAGGGUAUUUUUAAUUUUA